UCAAGAUCUACGUCUUACGAUGCUGUCUGCAACUUGGACCUCGAUUUUACUGUUUAUAUCUUUUGUCCACAGCUCAUCUUCUCGCUCAUUCACGAUUGACUAUGAAAAUGACGUUUUUCUUAAGGAUGGAGAACCAUUCCGAUACAUUUCGGGAAGUUUUCACUACUUUCGUGUUGCAGAGUUUUACUGGAAGGAUCGAUUGGCAAAAAUGAAAGCCGCGGGUCUGAAUACCUUGCAAACGUAUGUUGCUUGGAAUAUGCAUGAAGCUCAAGAAGGAAAGUAUGAUUUUGAAGGAAACAAUGAUUUGGUUGGUUUCAUUCAGAUGGCUCAAUCUGUUGGACUUCUAGUCAUUGUCAGAGCAGGUCCAUAUAUUUGUGCUGAGUGGGAUCUGGGUGGCUUUCCUCCCUGGUUGCUUAGAAAUUAUACAACAGCAAAAUUGAGAUCAUCUUCAGACAAAGGUUAUAUUGCUGCAGUGGAUCGCUGGAUGGGUGUCUUGCUUCCAAAGUUAAAGCCACUUUUGUAUGCCAAUGGGGGACCAAUCAUUGCUGUUCAGGUAGAGAAUGAAUAUGGUAGCUACUUCACCUGUGAUCACCAGUAUAUGUCUCACCUUCAAGAAGUGUUUGAACAACAUCUUGGUAAAGACGUUAUACUGUUUACCACUGAUGGUGCUAACGAUAAAAUGCUUGAAUGUGGAUCACUACCUUCUCUGUUUACUACAGUGGAUUUUGGGCCAGGAGUUGAUCCUGCAGUUCCUUUUACCCUCCUGCGAAAAUAUCAACCCAACGGACCUCUGGUGAAUUCUGAGUUUUAUCCUGGCUGGCUUGACCACUGGGCUGAGCAACACCAGACAAGGAAUGCAGCAGAAUUUGCAAUUUACCUUGACAAAAUCCUUGCACUGAAUGCCUCUGUUAAUAUGUACAUGUUUGAAGGUGGCACCAACUUUGGUUUCAUGAAUGGAGCCAAUGGCUAUCAAGAUAGUCGCGUCUUCCAACCACAGCCUACCAGCUAUGACUACGAUGCUCCACUGACCGAAGCAGGAGACCCUACUACAAAGUAUUUUGUAAUCAUGGAAACCAUCGCUAAAUAUGCCACAGUCCCCCCAGGUCCUGUCCCUCCCCCCACGCAGAAGUUUGCGUAUGGAAAGGUUAAUAUGACCAAAAUCAGUUCUAUUUUUGAUGCCCUGCAUUUCCUUACACCAUCUGGACCUGUUACGAGGAAUGACACUUUGAGUAUGGAGCAGAUCGGGCAAAACUAUGGAUUUAUCCUGUAUCGAACGAUUAUACCCGUCAGUGGUCCUGCAGCAGACCUAGGAAUCCCUGGACUACGGGACAGAGGAAUUGUCUUUGUGAACCAGGUCCGUCAAGCGACACUUAUUCGAGUAGGUGGAAAGACCAAUGCUACCAUAGAAGUUAAAGAAGGCGCAACCUUGGACAUCCUGGUGGAAAACAUGGGCCGGGUUAACUACGGCCCCCAUUUACAAGACCCAAAAGGGAUCCUUGGAAAUGUGACCCUUAACGGCGCGGUCCUCAGAAACUGGACCAUAUACCCUCUGCACUUAGACGAUUUUGUUGGUCGUAAAAAGUCUUCAUUGAUCAAGCUCAAAAGCAAAAGUAGUGUUCAAAUCCCAUCGUUUUAUCAUGGGAACAUUCCCCCUGCACCAGAAGGUAUCCCAAUGGACACGUUUCUCAAACUUCCUGGUUGGUUUAAGGGUCAGGCUUUUGUAAAUGGAUUCAACAUUGGACGUUAUUGGCCAGUGGUUGGACCCCAGAUCACCCUGUAUGUCCCAGCGAGCAUCCUUAAUUCGGGUAAGGAGGUAACCGAAGUUGUUCUCUUGGAACUAGAUAACGCUCCUUGUGAGGACCCCAAGGGCUGUUUUGUGGACUUCGUGGAAACACCUGUGAUUGAUGGACCUGUGCGACCCAUGACAUCAAAGCAAAUGUUGCCAGAUGCGGUUUACGACGACUGGACUGCGAAAUAUAAGGACUUUUUACCCUCGUACGUCAAGACAAAGAAGCAAGUUUUAGAUAUCCUCAGUUCUCGGCUAUAGAUAAGAACGAUUUAAAGUUGUGUGAAUCCUUUAAACCCGAUGAAUGACCUGCUUGUAAUUUCUCCUCACGGUAAUACAGCUGAGUCAUUCGUUAAGAUCACGAGAAUAAAGGAAAUGAUCACCAGCUUGGAUUGUUAAACAAAUUGCCCUUGUCAUUAGAUUCAACUAGAUUAGAGUAUAACGAAUAUGGAUACUGAUGUUAGGGUGUAAUGGGUGAAAUGAAUAUUUUCAACGAAGAUACGACUGCAGACAAAUUGGAAAUUCAAUUGCUGCUAAUCCAAUUAAAUAAGAUAAAUUUAUUUUUGGUGAGGACUUGUAUUAAAUUUUACUUAGUAAUUACAAUAAGAUAUAAGGAAUUUCUCCCAAGGUGAACUACAAACAAAAAAUGUGAAAUAGUAAGUGAGGUGAUAAACUCUGAAGUGAUAAACUCUGAAGGGGUUUUGCGAUAGUGUAAUUCUAAUAUUUAUGGAAACGAAAAUAAUUGUAUUUGUAACGUGAUAAACACGGGUUGUAAUAAUAUUUGGAACAAUGAUGCGGUCUUAUUACGUAAACAGAGAUAUUUUUAUGCUUAACAUUUUAGGAAAAACUUUUGAUAGGAUCAACAGUAAUAAAAUGGGUAGUAAUUUCA